CAACCACAACCAUGGCAGAGGCCUCCACUUCUCCUGAGACAACACAUGAAACCACAACCAUGGCAGAGACCUUCACUUCUCCUUCAGAGACAACACUUGCAACAACAACCACAGCAGAGACCUUCACUUCUCCUUCAGAGACAACACUUCCAACAACAACCACAGCAGAGGCCUCCACUUCUCCUGCAGAGACGACUCUUGCAACCACAACCAUGGCAGAGACCUUCACUUCUUCUCCAGAGACAACGCUUGCAACUACAGCCACAGCAGAGGCCUCCACUUCUCCUUCAGAGAAGACAACGCUUGAAUCAACAGCCACGGCAGAGGCCUCCACUUCUCCUUCAGAGACAACUCUUGCAACAACAACCACAGCAGAGACCUUCACUUCUUCUCCAGAGACAACACUUGCAACAACAACUACAGCAGAGGCCUCCACUUCUCCUUCAGAGACAACACUUGCAACAACAACCACAGCAGAGGCCUCCACUUCUCCUUCAGAGACGACGCAUGAAACCACUACUAUGGCAGAGGCCUCCACUUCUGCUGAGACAACGCAUGAAACCACAACCAUGGCAGAGACCUUCACUUCUCCUUCAGAGACAACACUUGCAACAACAACCACAGCAGAGACCUUCACUUCUUCUCCAGAGACGACACUUGCAACAACCACCACGGCAGAGGCCUCCACUUCUCCUUCAGAGACAACACUUGCAACAACCACCACGGCAGAGGCCUCCACUUCUCCUUCAAAAACAACGCUUGAAACAACAACGUUUGAAACAACAACAUUUGAAGCAACAACCAUGGCAGAGGCCUCCAUGGCUCCUUCCGUCUCUGUAACCACCACAGCAUCUAUCUCCUCUGUAGCCAAAGAGGCCACCUCCUCUGUCUCUCCAACUACCACCCCAUCUGUGAUGAACACAUUAGCUAUCACAUCAUCAGCAACAGAGAGAGCUGCCUUGACCACCCCUCUUGUUCCUGAAGGAGGCGCAACCAAAAGCACAACUGCAAUCCUCACGACAGUUUCACUCAGUACAACACCUUUUGCAACAACGGCGGUCAAUGAAUCUGUCAUCCAGCCGGUCACCAAGAGACCAGAAGAGCAACCUCCUGAGGCUGGCAACACCACGACUCCACUCUCGACCACGUUGCCUGUAGCGACGACAAGCUCUUCAGCGAGGCCUCCACUUCCCCCAGUUAUACCUCCCGUAACGCCCAGAAUGACCACAAAAACCACUCCGGUAGCAACAAUACCUGUUACAGUUUCUGCCUCCACCAUCUCAACCCAGGCAACAGCUGGCCUUCCAACCCCAACAGCAACUCAAGUUUUUUUGCCAAAUGUUGAACAGUUUACAGUAAAUUUCACCACAACCAACCUCAAGUACAACCCCAGUUCUGAAGAGUUCAACAUGACAGUGAAAGAUCUGAUUAGUAGGCUUGACCAGCUACUGAGAAACAGCAGCAUUGGGCCUGAUUUCAUGGGAUGCAGAGUGACAGGAGUUAGAGCUGAGAACAACGGGGAUGCCACGGGAAUAGAUUGCGUCUGCACGUACCGCAACAUCUCCACCGUCCCCGCCUUUGACCGGGUCCGAGUGUACCAUGAAAUGGUUAACAUGACAAACGGAUUCACCAAGAUGGGACCCCAUGACCUGGAAAGAUACAGCCUCUAUGUGAACGGUUAUAAUGAAGCCCCUCUGGAAACAACGGUUCUCCCGACCACCACCCAAACGCCAACCCCAACUCCAGCCUCAGUCAUUAACCACUUCACUGUCAAUUUCACUGUAACCAACCUCAAAUACAAGGACGAGAUGGGAAUUCCCAAUUCAAAGACUUUCAAUUCCACAGAGAGAGUUCUCAUCGCUAUGCUUGGCAGGAUUCUCAUCAAUAGCAGCAUUGGCCCUGCAUACUUGGGAUGUGAAGUGACAACUUUGAGACCUGUGAGAAAUGGAGAGGAAACUGGGAUGGACGCCAUCUGCACUUACAGAAAUGACUCUGCCACUCCCGUGUUCGACCGAGUCAAGGUGUACCAUGAAAUAGUCAACCAGACAAAUGCUUUCACCAAGAUGGGGCCCUAUAGACUGGAAAGAUACAGCCUCUAUGUCAACGGCUACCAUGAGGCCCCUCUGGAACCAACUGUUUUGCCCACUACAACCCAAACACCAACACCCGCCCCAGCAACUGAACACUUCACUGUCAAUUACACCAUAACCAACCUGAAGUACAAGGAAGAGAUGGGGAUUCCUAAUUCAAAGGUCUUCAAUUCUACAGAGGAAUCCCUCACCAAUCUGCUUGAUAGAAUUCUCAUCAAUAGCAGUGUUGGGCCAGUGUUUUUGGAAUGCCGUGUGGUAACUCUGAAGCCUGUGAGAAAUGGAGCUGAAACUAGUGUGGACACUGUCUGCACUUACCGAAAUGACUCCACCACGCCCAUCUUUGACCGAGUGAAAGUGUACGAUGAAAUCGUUAACAUGACAAAUGGAUUCACCAAGAUGGGGCCCUAUGACCUGGAGAGAUACAGCCUCUAUGUCAAUGGUUAUCACAAAUCCCCUGUGGAACCACCUGUGUUGCCAACCACCACGCAAACACCAACACCAGCCCCAGCGAUUGAAGACUUCACUGUCAAUUUCACCGUAACCAACCUCAAAUACAGGAACGAGAUGGGAAUUCCCAAUUCAAAGACUUUCAAUUCCACACAGAGAGCUCUCAUCACUAUGCUUGGCAGGAUUCUUGUCAAUAGCAGCAUUGGCCCAGCAUACUUGGGAUGUGAAGUGACAACUUUGAGACCUGUGAGAAAUGGAGAAGAAACUGGGAUGGAUGCCAUCUGCACUUACAGAAAUGACUCUGCCACUCCCGUGUUCGACCGAGUCAAGGUGUACCAUGAAAUAGUCAACCAGACAAAUGCUUUCACCAAGAUGGGGCCCUAUAGACUGGAAAGAUACAGCCUCUAUGUCAACGGCUACCAUGAGGCCCCUCUGGAACCAACUGUUUUGCCCACUACAACCCAAACACCAACACCCGCCCCAGCAACUGAACACUUCACUGUCAAUUACACCAUAACCAACCUGAAGUACAAGGAAGAGAUGGGGAUUCCUAAUUCAAAGGUCUUCAAUUCUACAGAGGAAUCCCUCACCAAUCUGCUUGAUAGAAUUCUCAUCAAUAGCAGUGUUGGGCCAGUGUUUUUGGAAUGCCGUGUGGUAACUCUGAAGCCUGUGAGAAAUGGAGCUGAAACUAGUGUGGACACUGUCUGCACUUACCGAAAUGACUCCACCACGCCCAUCUUUGACCGAGUGAAAGUGUACGAUGAAAUCGUUAACAUGACAAAUGGAUUCACCAAGAUGGGGCCCUAUGACCUGGAGAGAUACAGCCUCUAUGUCAAUGGUUAUCACAAAUCCCCUGUGGAACCACCUGUGUUGCCAACCACCACGCAAACACCAACACCAGCCCCAGCGAUUGAAGACUUCACUGUCAAUUUCACCGUAACCAACCUCAAAUACAGGAACGAGAUGGGAAUUCCCAAUUCAAAGACUUUCAAUUCCACACAGAGAGCUCUCAUCACUAUGCUUGGCAGGAUUCUUGUCAAUAGCAGCAUUGGCCCAGCAUACUUGGGAUGUGAAGUGACAACUCUGAGACCUGUGAGAAAUGGAGAAGAAACUGGGAUGGACGCCAUCUGCACUUACAGAAAUGACUCUGCCACUCCCGUGUUUGACCGAGUCAAUGUGUACCAUGAAAUAGUCAACCAGACAAAUGCUUUCACCAAGAUGGGGCCCUAUAGACUGGAAAGAUACAGCCUCUAUGUCAACGGCUAUCAUGAAGCCCCUGUGGAACCACCUCCUGUACCCACUAAAAUCCCAACACCAACCCCAGUGGUGGAACACUUCACUGUGAACUACACAGUAACCAACCUCAAAUACAAGGAUGAGAUGGGAACACCAGAUUCGAAGACUUUCAACUCUACAGAGAGAGCACUCCUUGCCCUGCUUGGCAGAAUUCUCGUCAAUAGCAGCAUUGGCCCGGCAUACUUGGGAUGUGAAGUGACAUCUCUGAGACCUGUGAAGAAUGGAGAGGAAACUGGGAUGGAUGCCGUCUGCGCUUACAGAAGCAGCUCCAACACUCCCGCUUUUGACCGAGUCAAGGUGUACCAUGAAAUAGUCAACCAGACCAAUGCUUUCACCAGGAUGGGGCCCUACCACUUGGAAAGAUACAGCCUCUAUGUCAAUGGUUAUCACGAAGUCCCUCUGGAACCUACUGUUUUGCCCACUACAAUCCUAACCCCAACCCCAGCGGUUGAACAGUUCACUGUGAAUUUCACCAUAACCAACCUCAAAUACAAAGAGGAGAUGGGAAUUCCCAAUUCAAAGACUUUCAAUUCAACAGAGAGGACUCUCACCACCCUGCUUGGUAGAAUUCUCACUGGUAGCAGCAUUGGCCAGCAAUAUUUGGGAUGCGAAGUGACAUCUCUGAGACCUGUGAGAAAUGGAGAUGAAACUGGAAUGGACGCCAUCUGCACCUACAGGAACAACUCCACCAUACCCUUGUUCGACCGAGUCAAAGUGUACCAUGAAAUAGUCAACCGGACAAAUGCUUUCACCAAGAUGGGGCCCUAUAGACUGGAAAGAUACAGCCUCUGUGUCAAUGGUUAUAACGAAGCUCCCGUGGAAGCAACUGUCCUGCCCACUACAGCCCCAAAGGUGGAACACUUCAGCGUCAAUUUCACCGUAACUAACCUCAGAUACAAGGAAGAGAUGGCAACCCCCAACACAAAGACUUUCAACUCGACAGAGAGAGCGCUCACCACUCUGCUUGGCAGGAUUCUCAGCAGCAGCAGCAGCAGCAUCGGCCCAGCAUAUUUGGGAUGCAAGGUGGCAGGUCUGAGGCCAGUGAAAAAUUGGGAUGAAACUGGGAUGGACGCCAUCUGCACAUACAGAAAGAAUGCUACUAUGUCCGCAUUUGAUCGGGUCAAGGUGUACCGUGAGAUAGUUAACAGGACAAAUGGAUUCACCAAGAUGGGGCCCUACAACUUGGAACAAUACAGCCUCUAUGUCAAUGGUUACCAUGAAGAGCCUCUUGAAGCAACUGUCCUGCCCACUACAGCCCCAAAGGUGGAACACUUCAGCGUCAAUUUCACCGUAACUAACCUCAGAUACAAGGAAGAGAUGGCAACCCCCAACACAAAGACUUUCAACUCGACAGAGAGAGCGCUCACCACUCUGCUUGGCAGGAUUCUCCGCAGCAGCAUCGGCCCAGCAUAUUUGGGAUGCAAGGUGGCAGGUCUGAGGCCAGUGAAAAAUUGGGAUGAAACUGGGAUGGACGCCAUCUGCACAUACAGAAAGAAUGCUACUAUGUCCGCAUUUGAUCGGGUCAAGGUGUACCAUGAGAUAGUUAACAGGACAAAUGGAUUCACCAAGAUGGGGCCCUACAACUUGGAACAAUACAGCCUCUAUGUCAACGAUUACCAUGAAGCAUACACACCCCCAACCACUGCCUUGCCACCCACCACCCAGGCUCCAGGAUUCGAACACUUUGUGGUGAACUACACUGUGACCAACCUCAAAUAUAAACCAGACAUGGGGGUCCCCAAUUCAAAGGUGUUCAACUCGACAGAGAGAGCCCUAACCUCACUGCUUGGACAAAUCUUGGUGAAGAGCAGCAUUGGACCUGAGUUUAUGGGAUGUCAGGCUAUUACCUUUAGGCCUGCCAAUUCUUGGGAGAACACUGAAAUGGAUGCCAUAUGCAGCUACCGAACCAAAACCUCCGUCGUCCCGUUCGAUAGAGUCAGAGUUUAUCACGAGCUCGUAAACAAGACCAGUGACUUCACCAAGAUGGGUCCCUAUACCCUGGCCCGGAAUAGCCUUUAUGUCAAUGGUUAUCACAAAGUAAUCUCUGUGCCUCCUCACUUGCCCACCACUGCCCCACCUCCAGCCAUGGAGCAAUUCACCAUUAAUUUCACCGCCACCAAUCUCAAGUACAAACCCGAGAUGGGAAUUCCCAAGUCGAAACUAUUUAAUUCUACGGAGAGAACAUUCACUUCACUGAUGGGGCAAAUGUUUCCCAAGAGCACCAUUGGGCCCAUGUUCACAGGAUGCAAUCUCACAGCUUUGAGAUCCGUGGAUGCUAACACAGGGAUAGACAGCAUCUGCCACUACAGGAGAAACUCUACGGCGCCGCCUUUUGACCGAGAGAAGGUAUACCAUGAAUUCGUCAACAUGACCAAGGGCUUCACCCGAAUGGGGCCCUACAGCCUGGAAAGAGACAGUCUCUAUGUCAAUGGUUACCACGAGCCAUCGGUAACUCCAUCAUUCACCACUGUUGCCACAACCCACAAGACACCAAUGGUUGGGCAUUUCACCGUGAACUAUACUUUGACCAACUUGCGUUUUACGAAGGAUCUGGAGACGCCAGGUUCCCGCCGGUUCAAUUCCACGGGGAAAGUCAUGAACCACUUUAUGGAUCCCCUGCUCAGGAAGACGAGUGUCAGCCCAGCACUGAUCGGGUGCAAAGUGGAAGGCUUUCGGGCUGUGGAAUUCAGUGCUGGCGUGACAGUGAACACUCUCUGCAGCUACCAGAAAGACCUUCUCCCGGCCCCUUUUGACCGCGAGAAGGUGUAUGGUGAGUUCAGUGACCUGACGGAAGGAGGCACCAAAAUUGGACAAUACAAAGUGGAAAAGUACAGCCUUCAUGUGCACGGAUUCAUGCUGUCUGUGAGGCCUGCAACCCAACUGCCUCCAAUCCCAGACACAGCGGCUUACGAACUCGGCUUCACGAUAGUCAACGAGAAUUUGACCAACACAGACCCAUCAUCUCCAGAAUAUAGACAACUGAUGACCACUAUCAGCAACAAGUUAAAUCGCCUCUUCAAUCGAAGCAACAUUGGUGAGGGAUUCAAGACUUGCAACGUGACUGGAUUGAGGUAUGGGUCCAUCGUGGUGGAAUGUAAAUGUUACUUCAACCCUGCAAUGAACAUCAGCAAAGAGACUGUCAAAGACACAUUCCAGCAAGAGACGCGGAACGCCUCUUCCCAGUGGCUGGGCAGUAGGUUCCAGCUGAAAGGCGUGACUGUGAGAGCUCUGGAGCCUGCCAUUGACGUGGUGACCAACGGCCCUCCGCUCAGCUCAAAGCCAAAGGACUUUGCUUUGAAUUUCACCAUCACUAACCUGCCACUGACGGCAGAAUUGAAGCGCCCCGGCUCAGCUGCCUACCAGAGCGUCAAAGCAAACAUUGAGGAAGAUCUCAACCAGCUUUUCCGUCGCAGCGACUUAGGGACCAGUUUCCUUGGCUGUUCUGUGGAAAACUUCAGACCCACUGCCCAGGAGAAUCAAACUGGCAUCGAUUCUGUCUGCACAUUCGCCAUCCAUCACGGUUCGAGGACAUUUGACAGCGCUCUCCUCUAUGACCUCUUCAGGAACCUGACUGGCCACGUCUCCCGGCUGGGAAAUUACACGCUGGACACAGAGAGCUUGCAUGUGGGCGGAUAUUCUUCGACUGUGAGUCCAGUGACCCACAAAGCAGAGCUGCCUUUCUGGGCGAUCAUCCUCAUAUGCCUGUCUGUCCUGCUGGGCUUCAUCCUUCUCUUCCUGGUCUGCUGCUUGAUUGCCUUCUGCGUGAGGAGGAAAGCAGGAAAGUACCAAGUGCAGCAGAACAUUUUCGGCCUCUACUUCCCACACCUGGACAUGCGAAAGGCACGGUGAUGUGGACUGCAGAACUGAUUCCUGCCCCUUCUUAAAAUAAUAAUAAUAAUAAUAAAGGAUUACUUUGCACACAACACCCCUCCACCUCCCUGCAGACACAUAGCAGGAAACCACUGUUUACCGUAGCUGAAAGAAGGGACUGGAUUUCAGACAUGAAUUGCGAUCGGUCCAACUUGGCUGGGCCUGGAGGAAAGAGAAAAGGGAAUGUGGAUGACUCGUGCCGAUUCGGCACAGACCUCUCCGAUAUGAACGCUUUCUAUGGAUGAUCAGGAGGUUGGAGCGGCCCCGUCUUAUUUAUUAAUUAAUGCACUGUGGAAUUUGGAGCACUUAUUUUUAUAUUUGCAAAAGGAACAAAUGAGCUUAUUGAAGUAUUAUGCAGUAGUCAGAUUCUGCCUCAAAUGCAGUGUUUUGGAGGAGAGUGUUUUGGAGAGGAGAGCUGGUCUUGUGGUAGCCAGCAUGACUUGUCCCCUUAAGCUAAGCAGGGUCUGCCCUGGUUGCAUAUGAAAGGGAGACUAGAAGUGUGAGCACUGUAAGAUAUUCCCCUCAGGGAAUGGAGCCGCUCUGGGAAGAGCAGAAGGUUCCCAGUUCCCUCCCUGGCAGCAUCUCCAAGGCAGGGCUGAGAGAGAUUCCUGCCUGCAACCUUGGAGAAGCUGCUGCCAGUCUGUGAAGACAAUACUGAGCUAGAUAGACCAAUGGUCUGACUCAGGAUAUGGCAGCUUCCUGUGUUCCUGUGUAAGUAUCUUGCAUUUUCUUCUUGAAACGCUGGGAGAGAUCAGACAUGUUGCUGACCCACCGACACUGACUGCACUUUACAGCCUUUAUUAUUUUUAUGUUAUUUUGCUCAGUCGCUAAAAGUUGUGUUGGUUGUUCAGAGAGAUGUUAAGAAAGGUGUUUUUAGAAGAGCAAUCUUCUAGAGAUCAUGCAGCUGAAGCAGAAUGCUUAUUUCUACCCCAGACUGUGUUUAUGGUGUGGGAUAGAACCAACUUUUCAAAUAAUAUAUAUCAGGGAUUAAUCUGAUGAUUUGUUUUUCUGUUGUUUUAUUUAUAAUGUUGAAGAUUUCUUAAGGGUGAAUAAAUAAACAAGAGACUGAAAAACA